CCCCCGCCCCCAAAGAUAGUGAAAAAAAUACCAUUGUUCUUUCCGUCUCCUUUUCUUUUUUUCAUAUUUCAGUUUUAAUUGAACUGCUUUUAUUUCUUUUAAGGAAAUCGAAUUAAUUUAUGGGUAUUCUGUUUUUGUAUAAAUAAGUUUUAAAGAACCCACCUUUAUCGCCCGUUUAUCUGCCAAAAGAAAUGGCAAGUGCAUCUGGUCUGUAUACACCAACACUGCCUAAUAUGAAGAGGAGAUUUACUCCAUCUAUAGGCAUUUAUCGAUCUGGGUUUUGGUUUUCUGAGGGUGUCUCCAAGAGAGUACUGUGUUCCAGCACUGUCCAAGGUGCAGAUAAGCUCGCCCCUUCUGAAUCUAGGGUGCCCAGGCUUGUCAGCAGAGGCUGCAAGUUAGUUGGAUGUGGUUCUGCAGUACCAUGUCUUCAGAUUUCUAAUGAUGAUCUUGCAAAAAUUGUUGAUACUAAUGAUGAAUGGAUAUCUAUUCGGACAGGAAUACGAAAUAGAAGAGUACUUUCUGUUGCAGGGAGAGAAAGUUUGACUGUUCUGGCUGCAGAGGCGGCAAAGAAAGCUCUCGAGAUGGCAGAAGUUGAUCCUGAUGAUGUGGACCUCGUGUUGAUGUGUACUUCAACUCCAGAUGAUUUAUUUGGCAGUGCUCCUCAGAUUCAAAAGGCACUAGGCUGCAAAAAUAAUCCAUUGGCUUAUGAUAUCACAGCUGCUUGCAGUGGGUUUGUGUUGGGAUUAGUCUCAGCUGCCUGCCACAUUAGAGGGGGUGGCUUUAAAAAUGUUCUUGUAAUAGGGGCUGAUGCUCUUUCUCGCCAUGUUGAUUGGACAGAUAGAGGAUCCUGCAUUCUCUUUGGUGAUGCUGCUGGCGCAGUGUUGGUUCAGGCCUGUGAUAGUGAGGAGGAUGGUUUAUUUGCAUUUGACUUGCAUAGUGACGGUGAAGGGCAAAGGCACUUAAAAGCCACCAUCAGGGAAAAUGAAACGGAUCAUGUGCUGGGUACAAAUGGUUCUGCUGUAGGAUUUCCCCCCAAAAAUUCCUCCUUCUCCUGCAUCCAGAUGAAUGGUAAAGAGGUCUUCCGCUUUGCUGUUCGUGUUGUUCCACAGUCUAUUGAAUGUGCUCUAGAGAAGUCAGGUCUCACCGGGUCCAACAUAGAUUGGUUGCUUCUUCAUCAGGCAAACCAGAGGAUUAUCGAUGCUGUAGCGACACGAUUAGAGGUCCCAUCAGAACGCAUCUUGUCAAACUUGGCGAACUAUGGUAACACAAGUGCAGCAUCUAUUCCAUUGGCAUUGGACGAAGCUGUACGGAGUGGGAAGGUUCGGACAGGCCAUACAAUUGCAGCUGCGGGAUUUGGAGCCGGGCUUACGUGGGGUUCUGCAAUCAUUAGAUGGGGAUGAGACCGAUCGAUUAACCAUCGCAAUCCUAUUCCGAAGGUUUUAAUUCGGAUUACAUUUCGAUAUCCAGUUAGCAUAAUCUCUUUCAGCUCCCUUUUCUUUAUUCUAGCCUUGUUACUAUUGAAAUUCAGCAGCAUGAAUAAAUUAUAUUUUUUCCUGUAUGUCAAAUUUUGUCAGCUUCAAUUUUC